AUGACAAACCAAAGUAUCCAAAACUUUGCCACCUUAGAGGAAUGCGACUUCGAAGGGGGAAAGCCGGGGCAAAAAUGGACGCUCUGGCCAGGUACUGCAGGAGGACAACUGAUCACCCAGGCCCCGAAGCGUGAUAACAACAAUCAGGACCCAUUUUUCCCUUACUAUGCCGUUAAUGUGACCCAUUACGGAAUCCCAGGACUCAGGAAUGAGAUGACGGGGAGGUGUCUUCACGGGGACUCUAGCUAUCCGGGUUCAGAGGUUCAAAUACCUGAUAUUAAAAGUCUCGGGGCUAUGGAUGACUAUUUUGGAUUUGUAUACUUGUCGGAAUACUGUCCGCGGAAGGGUCAACAGUCAAGUGUGAUUUUUGAUGUACGGAAUGCACUUGUGGGAUCCGGAUAUACUUUCCAUGGAGCGGACGCAAAUCCUACCUGGUCCUACCCUGAAAUAAAAGAGGUGUUAUAUUUCGAUAACCCAACCCUCUCUAGGAGAACAUGGAACUGUCCAAAGCUACUACAGAAAAAUAGAACAGAGGAUUCACUCGACUCGUCGGAAGCAGAAUAUCGCACAAGGACAUUAAUAAUCCCGCACUUAAUCGAAUUGAACAUCAAUAAUACAUCAUUCCACCCGGCACUCUUCGGCUGUGCAAACAACACUAACAAAUCAUUCCCAUCGUUCAAAGAGUCACCGAUAAAAUCUGCUCUCUACAAGUACGGUGAAAAAGUCACGGAGAUUCGGAAAUGUAACGAGGAAAAGAGAGAUGAGUGGAACAAAAAUGUGGAGUAUUAUAAACAUUGGCCUUAUUGCUAUAGUAUUGGCGUAUUUAGGGACUUGUUUAAAGUCUGUCAGCCCUAUUUGGAUCCUAAAAAUGAAAUUGAGAGUUUAUGGUCAGCUACCAAGAUGUAUUAUGAGGGGUCAGUACCCGAUGUAACGGAGUGUAGUUGUUACGCAGAUUGGGUGGUUUAA